AUGCCUGUUACCACUAUCGGUGUCUCUAAUCUAGCUAGGGUGAGACGGUUUACUCAACAAGACAGUAAUGAAGCACUCACUUCCAUUCCUGGAUCUAAUAUAGUCUAUGGAAAGCGUGGUAGAGAAGAAGGAAUAUUUCAUAAGAGGGGAGAUAAUUACUCACUUAUUCGAGGAAAACGCCUAUUCACUGGUUCCUCGUAUUAUUAUAUUGGAAGCGAACGAACAAGAGAUGAUGGACUACUAAUUUAUCCAACUAUACCCAAAGUAAUCUCUUUGUAUGAAAAUGAUCAACUAAUUUACAAAGGCGGGAUUAAGGAUGGUUUGUACCAUGGGCAUGGAACAAUUUACAAAGACGGAAAGCCUGUUUUUGAAGGUCAUUUCGAAAAUGGCAAGAAAUGUGGAGAAGGCUGUGAAUUUGAUGACAACGGAUUAUUUAUUAAAAGAGAAUACAAGAAUGAUCAGAUUACUGGCAGUUCUUAUGAAGACCAGGAGUAUAGAAGACUUAUCGAUAAGUUAAAGGAAAAAUUGGAAAAGAAAAAUCCGAAGUUGUAUAUUGCAGAUACCACUUAUUGCGACUUUAUAGUUCAAAGAAAAAGAGAUCCAAGAUUCCAGGAAUCUCCUAUGGUCUUCUAUGGAUAUGUAACAAAAGAAGGAGCUCAUCGAGUGAUCGGAAAGGAAUUCCGGGUUACUGGAUAUGAUCAUUUUGAAGUUAUUAUUAUGGAACGUUGUGGUGUGAUUCCAAUGUUCGUUUUGAGGGAUCAUUUGAAAAUGGAAGAAUGA